AUGACGGACAGCCCUGUGGAGACCGGUCCCAGUAGCCUCCGUCCCCUGGCCGUAACGGACCUCUCAGGCUUACUGUGUAACCAGUCAGCCUCUCUGGAGGACCAGGAUGUCCAGGGACCCCCGGUGCUGGUGGAUGCCUGGCUGGUGCCCACCAUGUUCAGCCUCAUCAUGCUGGUCGGCCUGGUGGGGAACUCUCUGGUCAUCCACGUUAUCACCAGGCACCAGCAGAUGAGGACCGUCACCAACUUCUAUAUAGUGAACCUGGCCACCACAGACAUAAUGUUCCUGGUGUGUUGUGUUCCCUUCACCGCUACCCUGUACCCUCUGCCAAGCUGGGUGUUCGGAGAUCUCAUGUGUCGUCUGGUCAGCUACCUACAACAGGUGACAGCUCAGGCGACCUGUAUCACUCUGUCUGCUAUGAGUGUUGACCGUUGCUAUGUGACCGUCUACCCUCUACAGUCUCUACGCCACCGCACCCCUCGCAUGGCCGUGACGGUCUCUGUUUCCAUCUGGAUAGGUUCUCUCCUGCUGUCAGUGCCUAUAGCUCUGUAUCAGCGUUUAGAGGAAGGCUGUUGGUUCGGUCCCCAGACCUACUGCAGCGAAGUGUUUCCUUCAGCCCGCCUCCAGAGAGCGUUUAUCCUUUACAGCUUCCUGGCUGUCUACCUGUUACCUCUCGUCACCAUCUGCUUCUGUUACGCCUUCAUGAUCAAACGCAUGGGACAGCCCUCGGUACAGCCCACCGACAGCAACUACCAGGUAAUAGCCCAAGCGAGACGUGGUGCAACAGUCAGGGCUCGUGUCUCUAGGAUGGUGGUGGUGAUGGUGGCUCUGUUCACUGUGUGCUGGGGGCCCAUCCAGAUCUGCAUCCUGCUCCAGGCCUUCGGACCACACCUGCGCUCCUACGCACUCUACAAGGUGAAGAUCUGGGCCCACUGCAUGUCCUACUCCAACUCUUCUGUCAACCCUCUGGUCUACGCUUUCAUGGGCAACAACUUCAGAAAGGCCUUUAAAAAUGCCUUCCCCUCUGUCUUCAGCCCGCAGGGCCAAGGGAGAGGGGGGGGCAGGGGGAGGGUGGGGGUGGGGGAGGCAGGGAGGGAAGGGGGGCGGACAGAGUGCCAGGCCCCCAACGUGGACACAGAGAUGCACUUUCUUUCAUCUGGGACCUGAAGGCCAAACGUCUCAUUAUUUAUUUACAGUUGCGUGUGUCUGUUAGCUAAUGCCUGUCGUGAUCUCUGAGGUCCCAAUGGGUCAUGUGAUUUCUG